AUGGCCACACCAGAACCCCUUGACGUACCAAACGGCCUGGCCGACGAGUUCGUGACGGUCGUGAACGUCCAGCCGACGACAGCGACGAGCUCGGCCGAGAGUUUCGUCACCGUGUUGUCGAUCGGCGCGGGAAAACGAGGGGCACCGAGCGACGACAAAACACAGCCGGCGAGCAACGGAGUCGACCCCGCGCAUCCCGAGGAGGAGGUCGACAUUUACAGGCUGCCCGGGGAACGGCUUGGCUUCGGCUUGAAAUUCGAGGGUGGGAACAAAACGUCCGAGCGCGUGAGGAGACUGUUUGUGCAGAGCUGCGCCGAGCAGAGCCCCGCGAGUAGGGCCAAGUGCUCCUGGGGUCAUCUCGGCGAGGGCGACGAGGUGCUGUCCAUCGAUGGCGUGGCGGUGACGGAAAUGACGCGGCUGGACUGCGUGCGCCGACUCAAGGAGUCGCAACUCGUCAUAAAACUCCUGGUGCGCUACAGGGGCGCCCUGAGGCCCGAAGUCGUCAGUGCCGAGCGCAAACACGAUCAACACCAGCAACGCAGCAAAAUACCACCCGAGUUGCCCGCGGCACCGCCACCCGUGCCACCCAGAAAGUCGAGGCAUUCGACGCAGUCGGCUAAUCGAGGACCUGCGGAUGGAGAGGCUAGCCCAGGAGGCAAAAAACCCUGGGACAGCCCAAAAUCGGCAGGAUCGUCGCAAAAUGGAUCACCACAGUCGCAAGGCAGUUAUCGAAGCGCAGCCAGUAGCGGCACCAGGUCCAGCACUUACGAGAGUUGCGCGUCGUCUCCGGCAAAAAGCAUUCCUGGAUCGAAAAACGAGAGCCCGAAAGCCCACGUGUCUCCGGUGCUCAGUAAAACAAAACAGGAGCCACCAGCCGAGGCGCAAUGGUACCUAGACGCUCGCUCUCAGGACGGCUCGAGCACCCACGGCAGCACGUCCGACGACACGAGUAGCAGCCUAUCCACCGUGGUCGAUCGCUUCUCGAGCUCGGACCGUUUCUCCACAACCUCGACCGCCUCGACAACCUCCGAGCAGCAGCUCUACCACCCGGCAGACAUCGCACCGGACCUCCUCGACGAUGCUCUACUGACCCCGGCGACAACAGCGCCAUCUGUCGCGACGACAAAUGGCUGCUGCAGCGACUUGAGCAGCCCGGACUUUUUGCUCGCGCGUCUAGCCAACUCGGAGGCUCGGACGCACGUGGAGUCGCGGGGCGACGUCGAGCGUGUGACCACAGUCGUCGCCCCGAACACGGUGCUGAUCGAGGAGACCCCGGCGCUGCAGCCGCCCCUCUGCUUCCAGGACGCGCCGCUGAGCUACGGGCACGAGCCAAGGCCCGGGAUCUUUUACACGGCCGACCUGGCCGCCGACUCUAGGACCCACUUCCGACCCAUCAAGGACGACGCCGAGAUGGUGGAGAAGGUCGUUAACGGGGACAGGGUGGCGCCACCUCUGCCGGCCAGAAACCACGUCAACCGGAUACCCGUCAAUCAACAGAUGAAACAACCGACCAAUGGUGAAGAACGAAAAGAGGAGGAGGUGGAGGAGACAAAAACGAGUCCGCAGCUACCGCCCAAGCCGAUGCCAAGAAAGGACGUCAAGGCCAAAAGAAAGAGGCCUCCACCGCCACCGCCACCACCUAGGCGAGAAAAUCCACCGCCUGUGCCCGAGGCGCGACAUUUCGACAGUUGUGGUGGUACUAAGAAGGUGGAGAUGGUUAAAACCGACAGCGAAGCGGGAGAGGAAAAUACCAGUCGGUUGAGCGUCGAGGUCGUCGUUGAAGAUCGACAAAGGGACGAAGAGGUGGAAGCGGAGGGGACGCCGAAGACGAACAAGGUGCUGGAGAUCGUGGAGAUGAGGAAGGCAAUAGCCCUACCGCCGCAGAAGGCGCCCUCGAGGACCUCGGUUGCGGACGAGGUGCCUGAAGGAAGGGACGGUGCUUCUACAAGCCAAGGGGUUGAAGAAGGCAAUGUUCAUGGAGUUGAGGAGAUAAGUGCCUGUCAGAGGGCGCUGCUGGAGAUGCACGUGGUUAACACUGUGUCGAUAGACGUGGAAGAUUCGGAGGAUGGUGAUGGUGGGACGGAAGGAUUUGAAGAGAAGAAUGGGAAGAAAUGGGAGGUGGAGACGGAGGACGAGGUGGUGCAGGUGGUGGAUGAGGAGGAGACGAGUGGUUUUAGGGAAAAGAGGAUGGAGGACGUCCAGGACAUCGUUCAGUUGAAUACGGUGGAAAAUGUGCGGCUGUUGGACGCAAUUAGGGAUGGGGCCAAGGAGUCGAUGGACGAGGGCGAGAUCUCCGACGAGAGCGAUGGCGAGGAUUACUACUGGCAGAGCAAUUUGGCUACCAUCGGAGAGGAAGAGGAGAACAAUUCUUUGGAAUACGACGAAGCCAAUGAAAUCUCUGUUCCUCCAGUAACGAAGCCACUCGAGAAGCCGCAGAUCAUAGAAGACAUCGUCGAAACGGCCUUGCCAGCGUUGUCGGACAAAAUUG